GGGUAGGGGAUACUUUAAGUUAAAUAUUUUGAACCUACGUGAGGAGCAACUUUCUAAGUGGACGCAGGAGUACUGGAAGAGGUGGGAACGACAAAAGGGGAACUUCGCCCUGCUGUCGGGCUAGUGGGACACAGGGAUCAGAAUUAUGUCCAAUCUGCUAGACGUCUUUUUCCGCAUACUGGCCAACAACAGAAACAAGGAGGAACGAAGGUGCUGGGCGAGAGUGCAGCAGGCGGAGGACAAGAUGAAACAACAUCCAAUCUCAGAAUUGACAUGGUGCAAGGAGAGAGCCAGAAGGUUAGCGGAGUGGGACGCGAAGCAACAGGAGAAAUCAGAGCAGUGGGCAGAAAGAAUCAAGGUCAAGGGGCUGGAGGUGUACGACAGGAUGUCGAAGGAAUCCUUUCAAAAGCUGGCUCCGGCAAGGACGGAUCCAUCAAUGAAAGAGCUGAAACACCCCUUCGAACUGGACGAACAGGUGGCAACACUCCCUGAGGAUGUAUGCAGAUAUGCAACACUGUAUUACAGGGACAUCUUAACCUCACGAAGACAGGGGGAAGGCGCAGACACGGAUCUCUCCCAGCACUCGGAUCACUGGCAGAAUACAACGGUCAGGCUUUCAAGACAAGGCCGCUUAGACUUGGACCGACGGGUUACCAAAGAGGAAGCGGCGGAGGAAGCGUUAAAGGUCAUGGCCAGUGGGAAAACCCCGGGGGAGGACGGACUCCCGGUGGACUUCUACAGGAAACACUGGGAGGUGGUGGGAGAAGACCUAGUUGAGAUCUAUAAUGAAAUCCAAAUGGGAGUAAGGCUACCUACCACUGCCUGCAGAGGGAUCAUCUCAAUUCUGUUCAAGAAGGGAGACACGAAUGAGAUUAGGAAUUGGAGACCAAUCUCCCUUCUCAACGUGUCAUACAAGAUUUUGGCCAAGGUCCUAGCUCGAAGAUUAGGACGACACCUGCCGAAUCUGGUGGAGGACGACCAAGCUGCAUUCCGCUCAAUCUACGACAACAUUGUGACUGCAAUCGAAACGCUGGAGGUGGUAAGCAAGGAAGAACUGGACGUAGCGGUCUUAUUGCUAGAUAUGGAGAAAGCGUACUACCAGGUGAACUGGUCCUUCGUUUUGACCUCUCUCAGGUGGAUAGGAUUUGGGGACAUGUUCUGUAGCUGGGUAGUGGCCUUGUAUUCGCUGUCGACAGCAUCGGUGAUGGUGAACGGGCACAUCUCAGCGCAGUUUCAGCUUUCCCGUUCGCUACGCCGAGGGUGUCCCUUGGCCCCUUCACUGUUCGUCGUACACCUGGAGAUCCCACUGAGUAACAUAAGGAAUCAUGCACAGAUAGUGGGCAUCGACCUGGGUGGCCAUGCCUGUAAGGUCAAAGCGUUAGCGGACGACCUCUUCGCGGUGUCGGCCAACUUGAAGGAGUCAAUGUCGGCCCUCCAUUACUGUCUCCAACAGUACGAAGAGCUGUCAGAGGCGGCAAUAAACUGGUCAAAAUCUGUAUUCUUCAGACUGUGAAGACUCCCAUCUCUUCUCUGGGUCGAUAAUGAACGAUGCUGAAAAUG